CCUCUCUCUAAAUCGCCUCUGGACAUUUUUUUUACUUUCAAAGUUGACGCAGUUUUAAAACAAGAGACACAUUUAUUACCUCGACUCCCCAUUAAUUAUCCAACUUCGUCACAUUUGGAACCAUAAAGGACAGGACAAAAUACAUAAAUACGAUGAUCACAACUUUCUAAAGAAACUACUGGCUUUUUCAAUGUUAACGCUGUGUAGACUGAGUGCAUCCUUGACCAACUGAGUGCAGCUUUCACCAGCAGAGUGUAGCCUUGACCAACAGAGUGCAGCUUUCACCUACAGUGGGGUAACUUCACUCAGGAAAAAAAAACCAUGCAUCGCAACAUUUCAGUCAACGAAGACACUUUAUUACGCGUCUUACCUAUCUCUGUAACCCGACAUUUAUCAAACCUCCUUGACCCUAACGAUGUAUGGGAAUUACUUCUAGAGAAUAUACCACUCCAUAUUGACCAACAGAACUCACCACCUCGAUACACAGCACAAAAUGCACAGAACAUUCAAGAUCGAAGUCGACGUACAGGUAAAAGUCCCACCCGGAUUAUUCUAGAAGACUGGGGCAUGCAAAACCCUCGAAUUAAGCACUUAAUGAAGGCCCUCCUGGAUUCCGAUCUUGUUGCUGCUGCAGACUAUGUCGCCGUUGAUGUUCUAAAGGGUACGUCUGUGAAGCAGCCAAAUUGCAUAGGAGACAAUCGAGGUAUAUAUCUGGAAGGGCAAAUAUCAACAGAAUCAAAUCAAAAUAAUUUUGACACACCUUCCACCAAAACAACAAAGUGCUGUGAGAAAAGAAUCAGUCCAUCUUUGCCGCAAGAACAUAGUGAAAGUAGAAGUUCUUCGAUUGAUAAUUCUUCCAGACGAAGUUCGUCGGAUGUUUCUGAACUCUCCACCAUAGAAAUGAGAUCAUAUCAUUACUCCGUCAGCAGUUCAGCGCAACAGAGCAGCUUCCCCGUCGGACAGCCGAACCCGUUUGCAGAAGCUUUUACAAAGAAGGCCACGGAGAAUGAUGACACACCUGCAGUAUUGAAGCAACUUCUCAACUUACACAUAGCUGGGAAUGAUGAAGCAUUCAGCAAAAUUGAAUAUUCCUUACUUGAAGAAAUCACAAAUAACUUCGAUGAUUGUAGUUUAUCCGAUGGUGGUCGCCUAUUGGGCAGCGGCGGCUUCGGUUCCGUCUAUCUUGGUAUUGAAGGUAAAGAACAUGUAGCUGUGAAACGACUAUAUGAUACAACUAACGACCUCGUUAAACAGUAUGAAACAGAAUUAAAUGUACUUAAAAAAUUUCAUCAUGAAAAUUUACUUCCUCUCUUAGGUUAUUGUUGUCAACCGAAACUCUGUAUUAUCUGUGAAUAUAUGGUAAAUGGGUCUGUGGAAGACAGAUUAGCACGAAAGGAUCAGACCAAACCCCUUAGUGUUGACCGGCGCCUUGUGAUAGCCAAAGGAACGGCACAUGGUAUAAAUUAUCUUAACAGUAACAAAGUCGUCCACAGAGACAUUAAAAGUGCAAAUGUCCUUCUCGAUAGAGACUUUAUCCCUAAAGUUGGGGAUUUUGCUACAGCUCGGCCUGGCCCUAUGGGAAACAACACGACAGCAGUAUUAACGGCUGUUGUUAUGGGAACGUCAGCUUAUCAAGCGCCAGAAGCUCGUUUGCACGACAUUUCUGCGAAAUUAGAUUCUUUUGGUUUCGGUGUGAUUCUUCUAGAAUUAUUGACCAGUUUACCUGCAUUUGACAUGAACCGGGAAGAUCGAGAUUUGAAAUCUCAUAUUUUAGAGAACUUUGAAGAGGAAGAUUUCAAUAAGUGUGUUGACAAGGAAGCUGGCCAAUGGUCACCUGACUUGGUGUCCAAUAUUUACCACAUAGCAAUGGAAUGCCUACGGGAAAGAAAGAAAAAACGAGUCACUGUUGGAGAGAUUUUACCGCGUCUUGAGGAAUUGAAAAACUGCUGACAAUAAAUUAAGUGUAGAAUUGAGGAUUAAAUAAACCACAGAAACAACCUGCUGAAUCUCUGCUCCCCAACACCCCACCCCUAUUCUACCCAUCCAAUCCAGCCACGACCACUGCCACCGAUAAUUACUUCUGCUGCUGUUGAAACGCGGACCAUAAUUUGUUGUUACAUAGGAGAUGCAAAAAAAAAAAAUAUAUAUAUAUAUAUUUCUUUUUUCUUUUUGUAAGAGAAAAAGGCCUUUUCUCCCUGCAGCUAUUUUGACAUGAUGAUAGGGCUCUCGGGUGGCCGUGCCUGUGGACUCUCUUGACCCUUUGCUCUAUAGUCCCCACUGGCCCACCUCCACUCCUGCCAGCCUUUAAAAUGUGAAGGUAAGAAUCAAAAUCAAGAGAUAAACAAAAUCUCUUAAAAACUAUAAACAAUGACCGAAACAGUAUGAUUUUAUUUCUGUUUAUAUAUAGAUAGAUAUAUCAUAUAUAUAACACACACGCAAAGAAACGAAAUAUUAUGUAAAUAAUUGAAUGCUCUGUGUUGAAACGAACAUUUUGGUAAACAGGGAUGGACUUCAAUCCCAGAGACUUUUCCGCCUGAAAAUCUUUGUAACAUCUGCAGUCAGGUUUGUUUGUCCAAAGCCAGACUUGCUUACGAUACGAGAUCUCAUGAUGGCAUUUACUAAUUGCAGACACACAGAUUUCUUUUGUUUAAAAAAAAAAACAAACAAAAAAAA